GCAGUUGGCACGGGGGGCGCUGGCGCGUCGGCCGCUCCGCUCUCCCGCCGGCAGCCUCGGGCGCGUGGAGCCAGCGGUCCAGGCGGUGGCGCGGGGGACCUGGAGCCGGCGGGCCGGCGGCGGCGGCGGAGCAGGCGGAGGACGGUCGGCCCGCGCUCGGCAGUCCGGGGCGCGCUCCAGCCUCGUCGGCAGCCGGGAGCCCGCGGCUCGGGCGCCCUCGGGCCCGCGUCCGCGAGCGGCCACAUGGCUCCGUUCCGCACGCUGCUGUCCUGCCUGCUGCCCCUGCACUGGGCGCUCUGCGCCGCCGCGGGCAGCCGGACCCCAGAGCUGCGCCUCUCCGGAAAGCUCAGUGACUAUGUUGUGACAGUGCCAUGCAGCACAGAUUUUCGGGGACGCUUCCUCUCCCACGUGCUGUCUGGGCCAGCAGCAGCCUCCUCAGGGAGUGCAAUAGUGGAUGAGCCACCCGCACCACGGUCACGCUCAGGUCACCUCCGGGUGGCCCGCAGCCCCCUGCGCCGCAAAGGAGCCACCCUGCAGCCUGGCCGGGUGGGGCGCUCCUCCCUCUACUUCAAUGUUACUGUUUUCGGGGAGGAACUGCAUUUGCGCCUACGGCCCAACCGACGGCUGGUGGUGCCCGGAGCCUCCGUGGAGUGGCAGGAGGAUUUUCGGGAGCUGUUCCGACAGCCCUUGCGGCGGGAGUGUGUCUACACCGGGGACGUCACGGGCAUGCCAGGGGCAGCUGUCGCCAUCAGCAACUGCGACGGAUUGGCGGGCCUCAUCCGCACCGAUAGCACCGACUACUUCAUAGAGCCCCUGGAGUGGGGGCAGCAGGAGAAGGAGGCCAGCGGGAGGACACACGUGGUGUACCGCCGGGAAGUCGGCCAGCAGGAGUGGGCGGAGCCUGGAGGGGACCUUCACAAUGAAGCCUUUGGCCCGGGCGACCUCCCCAACCUGCUGGGCCUGGUGGGCAACCAGCUGGGCGACGGGGAGCGGAAGCGGCGGCAUGCCAAGGCGGGCAGCUACAGCAUCGAGGUGCUGCUCGCGGUGGAUGACUCCGUGGUGCGCUUCCACGGCAGGGAGCACGUGCAGAACUACGUCCUCACCCUCAUGAACAUCGUGGAUGAGAUUUACCAUGAUGAGUCCCUGGGCGCCCACAUAAACAUUGCCCUUGUCCGCUUGAUCAUGGUCGGCUACCGGCAGUCUCUGAGCCUGAUCGAGCGGGGGAACCCCUCUCGCAGCCUGGAGCAGGUAUGUCGCUGGGCACACUCUCAGCAGCGCCAGGAUCCCAGCCACGCAGAGCACCAUGACCACGUCGUCUUCCUCACCCGGCAGGACUUUGGGCCCUCAGGUACGCAAGGGUAUGCGCCUGUCACUGGCAUGUGCCACCCGUUGAGAAGCUGUACCCUCAACCACGAGGAUGGCUUCUCCUCGGCCUUCGUGGUGGCUCACGAGACCGGCCACGUGCUCGGCAUGGAGCAUGACGGUCAGGGGAAUGGCUGCGCGGACGAGACCAGCCUGGGCAGCGUCAUGGCACCCCUGGUGCAGGCUGCCUUCCACCGCUUCCACUGGUCCCGCUGCAGCAAAGUGGAGCUGAGCCGCUACCUCCCCUCCUACGACUGCCUCCUCGAUGACCCCUUUGCGCCCGCCUGGCCCCAGCCCCCGGAGCUGCCGGGCAUCGACUACUCGAUGGACGAGCAGUGCCGCUUUGACUUCGGCUCUGGAUACCAUACCUGCUCUGCGUUCCAGACCUUCGAGCCCUGCAAACAGCUGUGGUGCAGCCAUCCUGACAACCCGUACUUCUGCAAGACCAAGAAGGGGCCCCCGCUGGACGGGACAGAGUGUGCCCCUGGCCAGUGGUGCUUCAAAGGUCACUGCAUCUGGAAGUCGCUGGAGCAGACUUACGGCCAGGAUGGAGGCUGGAGCUCCUGGACCAAGUUCGGGUCAUGUUCACGGUCAUGCGGGGGUGGCGUUCGAUCCCGGAGCCGGAGCUGUGACAAUCCCCCCCCAGCCUACGGAGGCCGCCUGUGCUCAGGGCCCAUGUUCCAGUACCAGGUGUGCAACAGCGAGGAGUGCCCGGGGCCCCACGAGGACUUCCGGGCCCAGCAGUGUGCGAGGCGCAACUCUUAUUACAUCCACCGGGACGCCAAGCACAGCUGGAUCCCCUACGAGCCAGAAGACGAUGCCCAGAAGUGUGAGCUGAUCUGCCAGUCGGAGGACACAGGGGAUGUGGUCUUCAUGAACCAGGUGGUCCACGACGGGACCCGCUGCAGCUACCGGGACCCAUACAGCGUCUGUGCCCGCGGCGAAUGUGUGCCCGUUGGCUGUGACAAGGAGGUGGGGUCCAUGAAGGCAGAUGACAAGUGCGGUGUCUGUGGCGGCGACAACUCUCACUGCAGAACCGUGAAGGGGACACUGGGCAAGGCCUCCAAGAAGGCAGGAGCUCUCAAACUGGUCCAGAUCCCGGCGGGUGCCAGGCACAUCCAGAUCGAGGAGCUGGAGAAGGUUCCCCACCACAUUGCGGUGAAGAACCAGGUCACAGGCAGCUUCAUCCUCAACCCCAAGGGCAAGGAAGCAAUGAGCCAGACCUUUACUGCAAUGGGCCUGGAGUGGGAGUAUGUGGUGGAGGACGCCAAGGAAAGCCUCAAGACCAGUGGGCCCCUGCCCGAAGCCAUCGCCGUCCUGGUGCUCCCCCCAGCUGAGGGUGGCCCCCGCAGCAGCCUGGCCUACAAGUACAUCAUCCAUGAAGACUUGCUGCCCCUUAUUGGGAGCAACAACGUGCUCCUGGAGGAGACGGACACCUACGAGUGGGCGCUCAAGAGCUGGGCCCCCUGCACCAAGGCCUGCGGAGGAGGGAUCCAGUUCACCAAAUACGGCUGCCGGCGCCGGCGAGACCACCACAUGGUCCAGCGGCACCUGUGUGACCACAGGAAGAGGCCCAAGCCCAUCCGCCGGCGCUGCAACCAGCACCCAUGUGCCCAGCCUGCGUGGGUGAUGGAAGAGUGGGGUGCCUGCAGCCGGAGCUGUGGGAAGCUGGGGGUGCAGACCCGGGGGGUUCAGUGCCUGCUGCCCCUCUCCAACGGGACCCACAAGGCCAUGCCGGCCAAGGCCUGCCCUGGGGAUCGGCCCGAGGCCCGGCGGCCCUGCCUCCGCGUGCCCUGCCCAGCCCAGUGGCGCACGGGAGCCUGGUCCCAGUGCUCCGCCACCUGCGGGGAGGGCAUCCAGCAGCGGCAGGUCGUGUGCCGGACCAACGCCAACAGUCUUGGGCAGUGUGAGGGGGAGAAGCCGGACACUGUCCAGGUCUGCAGCCUUCCCCCCUGUGGAGGCAAUCUCCAGAACUCUACAGCGAGAGCUGACGUUCGGGAACUUGUGACCCCAGAAGGACAGUGGGUGCCACAGUCUGGGCCCCUACAUCCCAUAAACAAGAUAUUAUCAACAGAGCCCUGCGUGGGGGACCGGUCCAUCUUCUGCCAGACGGAAGCACUCGAUCGCUACUGCUCCAUGCCCGGCUACCACCGGCUGUGCUGUGAGUCCUGUUCCAAGACGGCCCUGGGCCCCGACACCAGCCCGGACCCUGGCCUGGCCUCGCCGCCACCAUUCUCUACUCCCGGGAGUCCGAAGUCCCCUCCAGAUGCUGUGGAGCCCACCGUGGGAACAACAGGGUCAGAUGCCCAUCAGCACGGCCAGCCCACACAACUCCCGAGACCUCUGGGCACCAGCCCCCCGGUGACCCAGCACCGCUUUACUCCCCAGACACUGGGCCCCAGAGCAGCUGGGGGCACUUCCCCUGGCACCCCCCGGGGACUGCCUUGGGGCUGGACCAGGGCACCUGUGCCAGUCUCCGAGGAAAAAGGGCGGCUCGGGGAAGACCCGAAGCACCCAGGCACCAGCCUUCCCGCCACCUCCCUGGGGACAUGAGCCCCGCCUCGCCUAUCCCUCCAGUCAAGUUUACACUGUGUGCUGCCUCAGAGACCGCCAGCUCAGAGGACAUGCAGCGGGGGCAGCGGCAAACACAGACUUCCUUCUAAAUUAUUUGCCUUCUUGUUGUUCUAGUUUGGGGGCUGUGACACUUGAGCCCGUGAAGCGGGCGCGUGAGGAAGAAAAAGAUCAGGGGAAACCCUAACCGGAGAUACCUCAGCAAGCAGCCAGGGGGACAGUCGCACCUCUCAGGGGCUCCCCGUCUGUCUCUUGGCAGGACUGAGGGCCAGCUAGCACCCCACCCCUCCCCCACCCCGGA